UGGAUUAUUAUUAGGCGAAGAUGCUGUCUAGGCCAGAAUCGCAGGGGGAUCUAGCCGGAUAAGCGGCCAACCCCGUUGCGCGUUCGCAUUGUCGUAGAAGAAAGAGGCGUAGACAGGCUCCCAAAUAACAUAACUCUCCCCUGAAACCCUUCUAUUUUAUUAAGUUCACGAUCUCUCCGGUGCCUACAUUCUUCAAUUAAUUCCUCACUCUUUGUACCGUUGUUUUGUCUCUCUUUCUCGGGUGGUUAAGCCGUCACCCAGGUUUCUGAAUGCUUGGAUCGAGAUUCUAAGAAUAAGAUACCCCAACUGUGGUUCUCCGCGAUAGUCCACACUUUCUCUCCCUUCUCUCCCGGAGUGGUUUGCGACUGCGAUUCACGACCACCAGCCACCCGUUUCGUCUUUCCCUUACAUUCGUUUAUUUCUUGAACCAGAGCACCUUCAUUAGCGACUAUGUCUCUCAAGGAUCUGUACCAGAGGUUCCUGGCAGACCCCAGAUCUGUGCCUGUCGCUGCCGACAUCUCUCUGAUCUAUGUCACCACCACCACGAGAGUCGACAAGGCCGACUUUGUCGUCAACCAUCUGAUCAAGCAGCAACAAAAGGUUGUCGAGAAGAAGUCUGAGAAGGUCAUUGAUGUCGUUGAAGGACCGGACUCUCUCUGCUUGGAUGUCGAAACUACAUUGGAAUUUCUAUCUGGUGGCGGGGCCUAUCUCCCCUCAAUCGACGAUAAUUUCCUGGCCGACCGCGUCGUGACGUUCCCCACGAUUCACAUCGUUCGCUUCAAUUCCGAGAAACAAAUCCAACAGGUCAGAAUUUACUGGGAACAGGCGUCGCUACUGAAGCAGGUCGAGGUUAUCGGCUCCCGUGCCCGCGGUUGGCCCAUUCGCGAUGCGAUAGAACAGACCAGACUUAUCAAAUCUGCCGUCGCAGAGCAGCCAGCUCCUGCAUCUUCGCUGCCACCGGCCAAGGAGGAACACAAGGAGGAAAACAACGCAUUCGCAUCCCCUGGAAAGAAACACAUCAAGGACCCACAUGCCGCAGAUUCUCUCGUUGACCUGCUGUCCCCUGAGAAGGACCGAAGUGAUCCUGUCCGUGCCCCUCGUGCGCAUUCAGCUGCAAAGCCUCCCCCCCGUGAUCUUGGCGAAAUCUUCGUGAAUCACGAUGAUGUCGAUGAUGAUACCUUGGCAGCCACUCCGUCGAAGAAGAAGAACAUUGCCCCCAAAGUAGGCGCUGGUAAGAACUACUUGCCGUCUCGUAUCUUCGACGAUGAUGAGACAGUUGCUGCCGAAAGGGGAACACAGCAAAUUGCCUACCGGACCAACCCGAAUCGAUUCGAUCAUUUUGAGAUUGGAGGAGACAACCUUGACCGGGAGAUCAAGGUAGGGUCUGGACGCCCCAUGUCUACCCAUGCUGCUCAAUGGAAUUUUGAAAGCUUUUCGACCCCUGAUAAGCCCAAGCGCAAACCUCAGCAGGAGGCUCGUCAUUUCGGAUGGAGCGAUGAAGAACCUGAACUUUACAAGACCCCUCCAGCCAGGCCACGUGUGGCGCAGUCUCGUCGUGAUGCAGAGACUCAUUUCCAAAUGGCUGAUGAGGACUCCGAGCAACAGCCUCGCAUCAUCAGCUCGUUUGGAAACAGGGGCAUGGGCCUCUACAAGACCCAUUUCCAUGAUGUUGAGGAAGAGCUUGCACGGGCAGAGUCCGAAAACAAGGCGCCUCUCUCCACUGUCCCCCAAAAUCGAAAUGGUGCGGGCCGCAAGAAUGAUUUCGACAGCCACUUCACCGUGGGCGACUCUUCACCUGUAGAUGGAAAGGUCGAUCACGAGAACAAACCUAUGGGCACGGACCGACUGAAGGCUGUCAAGGCGAUGGAGCCUUCGUGGGAUACCUAUGAUGUAUCUCCCAAGCCCACCAAGGCUGCUCCCCCGCAGCGCCGCACCUUGAGAAAUGUUAAUGAAAGAAGCUGGGACUUCGCUUGAUAAAAACAGGGGCUGAUGAGCAAGGAAUAUUUGCCAACCCGGUGUUAAACACUCUGCUUUUCUAUCGCUGGUCCUAUCUAGUUCUCGACCACUAAUCGACUCCAAUCCUCUGCGCUGCAUGUCAUCAAUUGGAAAAGAGAAGACGAAACCAGUGGUUCCACUCUUAACGAGCUAUGUUCAUCAAUGCCACCGAACGCUUACAAUCAGCAAUAUGGUCCAUGCAUUUUGCUCCACAACAGCUGGAAGAAAAAAAA